AUUAAAGGGAAGGAUAAAUUACCAAACUAUCCCUUAUUAUUAGUAAACUAGUAUUGGUAGGUAGUUAGGUAGGGGUAUUGAAUGAAUAAUUUUUUUUAUUUGCGAACCGAGAGUAGAUAAGAAGGUAGAAGUUGAUUUAUUUUGGGUCAAAGUUUCAAUUCUUUAAGUUGAUUUAUUUUGGGAAGGAUGGAGUAUGAAUCAGACAGUCAUGCUAGCUAGCUUCACAAGGUGAAUAAGCAGCUGAAGAAGGUUUUGCAGAGAAUCAUAGGUAAAUCAUCAUCAUCGAAAAUCGAGAAGUCAAAAGAAGGCAAGGGAGGAUCUGAGACUGCAGGCUCUGUGCCCCGGUUGCAAAUUAAGAUCAGAGUUGAUAAUCAGCUUCACCUGGAGAUAGGAUCAACAUAUUGAACCAGUUCGAGCGAGCUAGUUUGGAUCAAGCUGCCAUGGACACCACCAAGAUGUAUGUUGCCGACAAGUCGACGUUCAAGGAGCUGGUGCAGCGUCUCACCGGCCAGCCGCCGGCGGAGGCCGCUGCCGUCGCCGCCCCGGCCCCAGCGCCGGUCGCCGGCGCCCCUCGCCGUGGCAGACUCGGCGUCCACAAUCCGCCGGCGUUCAAGCCGACGCCGCACCGGCCGAAGCUGCCCACCAUCAGGCCUGAGCAUCCUAGGCUGCUGGCCGGCUUCGCCUCGCCGCCAUCGCCGCCGUCGCUGUCACCAUGGUGCUCGGGCGCCGGCCAGUGCGUCCAGAACAUGCAGGACGAGCUCCCGCCGUCGCCGACGUCGGCGUCGUCAACGCUGGCCGAGGAGGUGGUGGUGGGCGAGACGGUCUCGGAGGAGGGGAAACCUGAUCACAUGCACCAGCCGCCGCCGGUGAGGACAGGAGAGGCAAAGCUGCUGAAUUUGUUCCCGCUCACGGCUUCCUGCUCCGAGGAUCGUUGAGAAAUGAGGAAGACGAAGCAGCAUCUGAUGUUCAUCUGAUGUUGCUUCAUCUUCCAUUUCUCCUGAUUCUCCAUGGGCCAAUGUUCUGUUAACCCCAUGAAAAAAAAUUGGAGGGGAUUUGCUCUGCAUCUAUUUUAGUGUAGAAUUAUUUCCCGUCAAUUCUCUCCAAACCGAACAGGUCCUUAGCGAACAUGCCAAGAGAGGAAAAUACAUUUUGGAGACUAGAGUGUCACAGAGACUAGUUGGAGUUUGUUUGAUUGAUUAAUUAGUUUUUCAAUUAGCAUCUGGGGGUUUUACCUUUGUUGAACACUUGAACUAGAAUAUGGAAGGGAAUAAUGUCUUAACUGAUGAUUUUUCUUCA